UGUAAAGACGAAAGUUUGACUUCAGUAAUGAGUCAUCAUGUAGUGACAAAGGAAGAAAACAAUUGAAAAAAGUACAGCACAUUUUAAGGGCAUAAAUUUUGGAUUCUAAGUUUCCUACAUUGGCAGUAGUUGUAUUAUUUUACUUCAUAAGAAUACAAGAUUGUAUCAUGUUUUAACACUGUAAUUCAUUAUAGGAGACAUACUCUAAGUAAUAUUAUUCGAAAUACCUGAUUAAGAAUAUUUUAUCCUGUGUGAAAAGUCGGCAAAGUUUGAUUUCGUUACAGUUUUAUAGACUGUAGUAUCUUUUAUGUGCUUCUCAAUCCCUUAAACGUCAAUAAUAUUCUUUUUCAAAUUUAUCCAUAUUAUUAAAAGACCAUUUCGACGGCCGGACUGUUAAAUUUAUCUGGCUUUCUUUUGUAAAAAGUAUGUGUUUUGAUUCAGGCAAAUCGUUUACAAGAUGUGUUUACUUGAAUUAUCUGAACAUUGCAGAGACUUCGGAUACAUCUUUUUUUAAUAAGUGAAUCAAGAAGCUAUCCACAAAGAUCAGAAUAAAAAUUUUGUUAAAACAUAUCUUUAUAGUGUUUUGUUUCCAUCUACAUUUGUUUUUCGUAACCCGUUCAAAAGGACUUGAAAUGUAUCGCUUUAUAAGUGAUUGAGACGAAAAAUCAGGAGCCGGCAACCCAGUAGUACACCCUGGCAGAGCCUGCGAGGCUGCUAACCUCAAACUGUAUCGGCAGUUUCCGUUCCUUUGGAUACAUCAGCUACGUGGAGAGGGGAGAACUGAUGUGUAGUCGACAUCGCUCCCACCACAGCUAAUGAUUAUCCAUGAGAUUAUCCAUUACCGCAGCUGACGCAGGCCAUAUAUCCAAAUCUGUUAUACUGCCACAUCUAAAUGGGUGUAUAACAUAAUCUGAGAAAAGUAAGGCGUUCGUCUUUAUUCGGGCUCCAAAGCCUUUAAUCUUCAACAUUGCUAAACUUAACAUCAUCUACGCCAUGAAUAGAUGUUUAUGAGGGGACUAUACUGUUAAUGAAGUUUAAUUUCCUGUUUCAACUAUUGUCACAUAAAAAUUGUAUGAUAGUAAAUGAGAAUAUAAAUACCAUUGCCAUUUUUUCACUUUGAACAAAAUGAAUAAAUAUAAAAUUCUCAUAUUGUGCGUGGAAAUGCUUGUAAAAAUCGUAGCGACUGUUCAAAUACAUUGUGGUAUAGGAGUAAAUGGAGGCAAAGGUUCACUUUAUAUUACAACCAACAUUAAUUACACUGAAGACAUCCUGAUAGUCAGAGCAAGUAAACGUAAUAUAGAAGCCUUAACAAUGACUAAUUGUAAAUGUUCUAAUGGCUGUACAUGUGACCCAGCUUUUCAGCCACAAAACGUUACGACGUCAAUAACAAACGAAAUGGUAAACAUAAAUAUUAGUUUUUACAACGUUACAAAAGAUUAUGAAGGACAAUUUUCAGUAGUGAAUAAAAAUCUUAAAAAGCCAAUUGUGAAUAAAACGUGCUACUUCCAAGUUAUUGAAAUUCCAAAAGAAGUCAAAUGCCAUUCCGAGCCGAUGAAAAACGGUCUGUAUAUUGUGCAAUGUUCUGCUCAAACUAGAAAUAAAAUUACGACGUGUAUAUUUUACAAUGGUAAUGAUGAGAGCCCUGAAACUCCAGUGAUUACAGCUAGCAACUCUCAAAUUAACUGUACACUAUAUAACUUAACUAUGGUAUCAGAGGAACGUAAUAUUACUUUUUUAAUAUAUGCUAAUGUUACUGGCCAUGAUACUGAUACUCAGUUCGGAACAAAUUUAACAUAUACCAUUCGCAAAGACACAAUUUCUACUAGAUCUACUGCCUUUCCUAAUAAUUAUGCAGAAACAACCUCGCUGUGCGCAUAUACAGAGUGUAUUUUUCAUUUCUCAAACUCGGAAAGAAUUUGUAGCAGCUGUAUUCACGACAAAAACAUGUCAAAUAUAAAAGAGACUUUGUCAAUGUAUAAAUUAGAAAAUGUUACAGCAACUAUAAAAACUGACAAUUUUAACCUAACGAUUUGUCAUGAAUCAGACAAUAAAUUUUUAACCAAUACUGAAAACAAGUCAUACUCAAACUUUACUGUAGGAUUAUACAUCUGCAAAAGUGAUCAUUUAACACAGUAUUUUAUAUGCAAUGAAUGUGAAUCACAAAGAUAUCAGAUGAAGUGCUGUUUUCACAGUAACUUAACAGACAUUUCCAAUAGAUCAUCAGUCGAAGAAAUACCACAGUGUGAAGUUUAUACAGGCUCAAAGACAAAAAUCAUUUUGGCAUCGAUAGCAGUGCUAGUGGCCACAAGCAUGUUAACAUUAUUCUUCGUAAAGCAAACUGAUUGUUAUAAAAGAUUUAAAAUGUAUUUACGUCUUAAAAAAAUAAGAGAAAAUGGAGACGCAAAAAACAAAGAAGUGAACACAUUUUAUAACUCUGACAUCUAUGACCUUAAUGUUUAUGUCAAGAAUAUGGAAGAUACCUACUGUACUAUAGGCGAAGCUCGUACUAUGGCCUUAGAAAUACAGAAUUCAAAAAAUGUAUUAUGCAUUGUAAAUUAUUAAACCCCUUAAGAAAAUUGUCAUAUGUUUUUUGUUUGUUUGUUGGUUGUUGUUUUUUUUUAUUUUAUUAAACUUUUCAAUCUGUAUAUUAUUAAAUUAUUUUUUUGUUAUUGAAUCUAUGUAUUUAAUAAGACAUAUUGUAUAUGGCAAACACAGGGCGUUUUAGACAGGAUGAGAUACAUUAAAAGAACUUACGUAACAGAAUUAAAAACUUUUUUCCUUAAAUAGGUUUAGAUGAAUAUGUUAAGAAUUCUUUGUAUACUAAAAUUGAUCAAUCAAUAAAAGAAUUUUAAUUUUGUAAAUGUAAAAGCUUUUAUGGUCAUUUACUUAUAGGAAUUUAACGUAAGGAGAAAUUCGAUAUCUAUAUUUUUCAUUGCCAUUACAAACCUCAAGCAUGAAGAUGCCCAUGCUAUUAGGAUUUUACUGUAAAGUUAUAAAGUGACACUUAUUUUUACUGUGACUCAUUUUAAAACACUUCUUAAUUACUUUUCAUUAUUUAUUCGUUGUAUAUAUAUAUAUUGCGUAUUUAGCAUUUUUUUAAAUCUUAUCCUUCAGAUUACAAGUAUAAUUAAGAUUCCUACGCCUAUCUUAUCUUAUCUUAUAUAAUAAAGACGUUGCUUAAAAAAAUAAGAUGAUUACGUCCUACGCUUCAUGCUUCUAGUCAUGCAUGUUAACCUAAAGUCUGCGAAGUCACUUCCUGGUUGUGUUAAACUGGUUUUGCAUGACUCUAACUAUGCUAACGGAUUGGAUUCCUAGCUGGUUUAACCUUUUUUUUUAUUGCUCUGAUAGCAUUAGGGAUAAAUGGGCGCUUGUGCAAAUUUGUCCUAGCAUAUUAAAUAACUUUUAGUGGUUUUUUUUUUGGUAUUUUAUUAGUUUACAUUUUUGAAUUAGUAAGUUAUGGUUUAGUGUUUUAUGUAGGCUAUGGUUCCCAUCAAGGGUGCUCGAGUUCAAACCUCGUCUCGAGCAGAGUUGUGUUUUCGGAGCCACUAAAAGUAACUCGCAAACCUUCUUUCCAGGUAUCACCUGCUUCCGUAAUUCCACAAAAGAGAUUAGACCAGAGCACAAUGAGCAUGUAUAGAGCAUGGAAAAUGCGCUUUACAAACGUAAUUUAAAAUAUUGGCUCUAAGUUUAAUAAUUUUACUGAUGUUAUUACGCUAAUCUAAUGUGAAUAUGUCAGCAGUUUCUUUAGGUAAAUAAAUAAUACCUUAACA